UCUUUGAAUCCGAUCGUUCGAUCCUGGUUGCAUUAUUAUCACUACAACACGACCCUAGCGCACGCGCACCAACCCUACAUAGCCUCCCAUUGGGAGUGCAGCGACAACGUCUUCCCAGAUCUACCUCUCAAGGGGAGUUGCCGGCACCAAGUCAGAACCCGUCCUUCCUACACUCGACACCAAGCCUCGUCAGGUCGCGCCGUCCUUCGAAUCACCGAGUAUCCACAGGCUGUCUCUCAGUCCCAUACACCCUACUACACACAUGUGUCAGACGAUGGAGCAUAUGUCCGAAGCCUCGAGCUGUAUCGAUGCAACUCCUAGGCGUGCGACUGAGCAUUCAGGAUCCCGUUCAUAUCGUGACCUUGAUAUUCCAGCAACAAGACGCUCAGAAGUACUACGCCAUGUCUUCCCUCGUUCUACACGUCUUCCUACAACCGCCAGUCGUGGGAGUACUUCUCGUAUCUCAAGGGUCGAUCAUUAUCGAAGCGCAUUUCUUUACAGACGACAACUGAGACCACGGGGUACAUUUCAUAGAGUCAUCAGUUCGUUAUUCAGUGGUAACACAGAACGAGGAGCGCACAGUACGAGCCCACAAACGCGAUCGAGAGCAUCGAGCUUUGGUUCACGGCCAGCAUCUUCGAUUCACGGGUCGGUCCCAAGUUUUGACCUUGUCUCUCCUGGUGUGUUCUUAUUUAGCGGACCCAGUCUGCAAUCUGCAGAGUCACACAACAACUCAACAUCUCAACUCCCUGGCCUGACAGAAUCUUUUGAUGAUACGUGUCUGUAUCGUCAUAUUCGCACAGACUCAUUCUCAAUGGUCGAUCGUGCGAGUGUUGAAGAAGUGGUACUAGAACCCGUCGAGAGCCUGCUGGGUGUGGUACGAAGCAUGUCGGGCGUGCUUCUUGGGGUCAACACACCGAUUGAGGAGCUCGCAGAUCCGUUGUCUGAGUGUCCUGAGAACGAGACUGGCUUGCUGGGUCAGAUCACUACACAAGGCGACACCCCUUCAAGCACGCCCACCGCCAACGACUCGUUUCAAACCCCGAUGAUCACCGGAAAGAUGUUGAAAGGCCCCACGCUUACAUACGAAAAGGCUGUUGCACAGUCACCACUUCCGCCUUCUGGCACACUGCCCAUAGAAAUACUGGUAAGCAUAUACAUCUACCUCAAUGCGAAAGACUUCAAUGCUGCUCGGCGGACCUGCCGCAGGUGGAUGAUGGCGAGUCUGAACAGAAGCCUGCUCGUUGCGAUGUUGACCCGUGGAGGGUGGACUGGCGACAUUUCUUGUACAACCUCCAGGCUGAGUGCUUGUUCCGGUCAGAUGCAGAUACACUCUACCCCAUAUAGCGACGGGGUAUGGUCCAUCAGUCGGUACCUCUCCCGUCAGUGUGCUCUUAAUGCUCAUUGGACCGGCAAUGGAUUGGAUGCUGGGCCUGUCAUCGUCGAAAGCACCGAUAUUGACUUCUCUGACCUGGCUGAUGGCUAUGCCCCCCACAAAGGGCGAGCCAACGGGGGUCUGAUAUUCACUGCGAGUAUCUGCGGCAAGUACCUAAUGGUGGUGAAAGACACCCUCAUCUAUAUCUACGCUAUGAGGGAUGGCCUGUUGCAACCGCUUACCAGCGUGUUAUGCCCGAGAAGGGUUCUUUCUGUGAGUAUGAACACGUCUGUUGGUCGAGAUGCUGUUGCCGCUCUUCUAGAAGGAAGAAUGGGUAUGGUAUGCGAGCUUCGAUACGGUCGGCCACCUCCCGAGCCUGCUUCUGAAGAUACUUGUGUCGAAGGAGAUGGAUUCCCGCCCCGGGCUGGUACUCAGCCAACAAUACCUGUGGGUGACACCAGCGAUCUACAAUACGCGAUAGACUCUUUGGAACACACUUCGCCCAGAGUUCUUCGCGGCUUCCCGUAUGUUCAGAACCCAGACCUGGACACGUUCAGUGCAAUCGAACUCAGAGCACACAGCCAAGAAUUCAGUCUCCGUGGCACCGAUAACCCCAAUACUCACGAUCAGAACCUGAUCAACCAAACGUGGAAUCUCAAUCUUCGUGGACCCCUGAAGAACCUGAGAACAAACUCAGUCGCCACACCAUCUGCACAGAACAUCCCAUUAGAAAGCGGUACCUCCAUCUUCUACCGUCACCUGUGCUCCGAAGAUGAUCCACCACGCAAUGUUUCUAUAUGCCCGCAGCGCCGUUGCGUUGCGUUUGGAUGUUCAGCUGGCAUCGAACUACAUUGGAUAGACGCAUUGACCGGACAGAGCUUGAGUCGAUGGUUCCCACUCACGUCACCAAGUGACCACCUCUACUUCUUAUCGCCGCGUCCUGGAUUCGAAUCGGCCAAAAAGCUGCGCCUGAUUUCGAGCGCCGCGCACCCCAGUGACAGACCAGCUCUCAACCGGAAGUUCUUCCCCAAUCCGAUGACGAUCCCCUUCUGGAACUCCUUCGCUUGGGAGGGGCACCGUCGCCAAUCUCACGACUGCGACCACCUCCAGGCUGUGCCCUUGAGUGAUGGCCACCACGUGCUUUUCAUCGACCCCUCCACUAAACGGCUGACCCUCGGAUGUGAUGCACCGCUUGGUGGGCCUACGAAGCUAUUGCGCAAGGUCGUCUUGACCCCACCUGAGAAUCCUGAUCCCUUGAAGCAGUCAACACAUUUCCAAAGUGUUCCGCGAUUCUACACGGCGGCCGCCGACAUGUCAUCUGGAGCCCGGAUCGUCGUAGCAUAUGGAGAUAUUAUCGUGCUGUACAGCAUACCGCCCGACGUUCUCGCACUCUCAAAACUUGAGCAAGCAGCGGAGAGUCGGGAAAUAUACAACGCACCCCCGUUCUCAUCCGACGGCCGCCAUCGUGACCAUUGGCUCAACUGGUGGGAUGAGCCCGUAGCCUUCGAUCCAGCCGACAGGCCUGAAGGCGAGACCAACACUUCCAUCUGGCCAAUAUCCCUAUCUGGCACUGAGAUUGGUAGAUUGCCGGACAUCAGCGAACUCACUAUCCAGACGCACCCAGACAUUACUAUCUGGGCGUUCACGUACACGUCGCAGUGCAAAACGUGGCGUCUGCGCAACUACGCGGAUCCCGUCGUCAGAGCAAUGCAGCGCAUCGACCGCUGUGGCUUGGUCCACGACUCCCACCCGCUCGAACAUGAUGCCAACGUCGGCAUGCACGACGCGCCGCCGCGCCGGAUCGCGAGCAGCGCCUUCCCUCUCCACGUCCAAGGCAAAGAGCGCGAGACACCGGCUGCUGAGCGCAGUGUGGGCAUGGGGUUCGAUGGGUGUGCGAGCGGUGUACUGAAACGCGUUCCCCGGGCGCUGGCAGUGGAGAAUGACGACUGGGUUGAUGUGGUUGAUGUCAGAGGGUGUAAGGAUGCGUGGUUUGAGGGGGGUGGUGAUGUGGUGAGUUGGUGGGAGGGUUGAGAGUGUUGUUGGAAGAGGGGCACUGGAUGAGUUGGAUGUCUUCUGGAUGGAAUGGGGUUGGGGUUGGAGUUGGAUAU